AUGGUCAUAGCGAUUGUUUCGCUUUUCGUGUACCGUCACUACUGCGUUUUGCCGCCUUCUAUCAAAAUAAAACUUCGAAAAUCGAUUUAUUUCUCAUAUUGGUCCGUCGUGUACCUCGUUUUCAUGGGAACCUAUGUGAGAUUUGCACUCGGGGUCCCGGAAAAACAGUUCGAGGCCCAGGUUUUUGUUGUCAAGGUGAAUUUUUGUCAGUUACCAGCUCUGCAAAGUUGUUUAAAAUGACAUUUUUUUAGGUCGAAGUUUUAAUGUCAAGUUUUCACAUAGAAGGCUCGAAGUAGCUUUUUAGUCUUGAAAUGUUAAAGCUCCGCCCCUAUGGCGCGAUGAGCCAAUCAGAGAGCGAGCCUUCCAGAAAGCGUUUUCGAAUGACGUCAUUUGACAUCAAAUAUUUUUAAAGACUGUGAUUUUUAUCAAUAUUAUCAUUUUUUUAUCCUUGACAAAAUGCGAUUCCUCUUAAAUGAUGAGUUUUUUUCAUUAAUUUAACUUUUUGAAAAUGAUUUUUUUAACAUAUCAAUUUAGUUAAGACGGCACCGCUAGAUUUUUGAAGUCAUGAGAUUUAAAAAAUAAUUUUUUUUUUUGCAGUUUAUAGCUGAUUAUUGACUGUUUUAAUUGAUUAAAAACUUGAAAAAACCUUUUUUCGGAUCAGGGUUUUUUGAAUCAAUAAAGCUUCAUGGUGGAUAAUGGCUGCUAGACUUGAAAAAGGCAGCAAAAAGGCUCGAAAAAGGCCGCAGAAAGAGUCCCUUUAUUGAGCCUUUCAUUUUUCCUAGGAUUUUAAAAGCUCAAGAAAUGGUGAAAAAAGGAAAGAGGCAGCAAAAAGGGUGCAAAAUAGCUGUUGAAAUGGCCCAAAAAGGCAGCAAAAAGGAACCUCUCUAUGAGCCUUUUUCCACCCUUUUCGACUUUUUUCAUAGAAAAAAAUCCGUCUUGAAUAAAUUUCAAUUUUUCUCAGACUAUGAACUGCCGUCCCCCACGGAUUUUCACCCCAUGUGCCCUUGUUGUGGACACUUCCUAUGCCUACGCCUGGUUCAUCGUCAUCGGGGCUGUCAUUUUCGGUGGCCACGUCAUUUUCUUCACCGCCCACAGCAUCUACAUCCUCAGUGAUCCUCAAAUUAUCAUGUCCCAGAAGACGAGGAAGAUCCAGAAGUCGUUCCUAUAUUCCCUAUGCAUCCAGGUUUUGAAAAUGAACGUUUUUGAACGGGGUUUUUUGUUCCAGGUUUUCGUCCCCCUGAUGUUCCUCUUGAUCCCAUUUUCUACGAUUGCCGUCCUCGUCUACACUGGCAGAGUUGUUCCAUGUGAUUUUCUGCUUUUUCUGCAGCUUUUGAAAAAUCCUCUGACACGGCGUUAUUGUUAG